AUGUUUGCAAGUACUCUAGCAAGAUUUUUACAUAAAAUUUUACCGAAUUCCAAAAUAUUGUUCCAAGAUGAUUUUUUCAAGCCUGACGCCGACAUUCCAAUUGAUCCAAAAACAAAUCUUGCCAAUUGGGACUGUCCUGAAGCAUUGGAUCUAGAAAAUUUUGCAAAUGUCUUGCGUGAAAUAAAAAAAACCGGUAUAAUUCCGGAUACUUAUUCCUCGAAAGAGGAACAGAACAUAAUGGGGAAACCAGUUCAAUUGCAGCGUCCAUUGUUGAUAGAUGAGUUAAAGAGAAAAGUGGAUGAUUUUUUGGUGUCAAAGCAACGUAAGCACAAACUAAAGCAGGACGAUAAAAAUGUAGGGAUUAUUAAUGGAAAUGAUCAUGAACUAGCGAACUGGAUAUUUGUGAUUGUGGACGGGUUCAUGUUAUAUUGGGAUCAAGAAGUGAGUUCAAAUUUGGACAUGAAAUUUUUUAUCGAUGCAGGUUACGAAACAUUAAAAAAACGACGGGAAAAUAGAAGUGGAUAUGUGACUCUGGAAGCAUUUCCAGGUUAUUGGGUUGAUCCACCAAAUUAUUUUGAUAAUAUUGUCUGGCCAAACUUCGUAAAGUUUCAUCAACAUUUAAAAUCUAAUCGCCGCGAGAGAGGUAUCGAUAUUAACGAUCUGGUGGUAUUUGAAGGCGAGGAUAAAUCACCAAUCGAUCAGAAUGUCGAACGCGCGAUAAACGUGAUCCUUGAACAUAUAGACAACAGGAUUAAUUCGCAAGAAUAA